ACUCUUUAUCAGUUCCAAGGCCAAGCUUCAUGUCAACUCUCCGAUCUUCAAGCCAUCAAACCUCAGCUCAGGAUCCGUGAAAGUAGACGCUCCAGAAUUUGUGCCAAAGGGCUCUCAGGCUCGUUGUCCGGAGCCGCAUAUGCUGAUCCACGUCAAAUGGCACAUCCCUAUGCUUCAACAAUGCAAAAUAACUUGAUGAGCAGUAUGAACAACUUGUCGGGCAAUUUUUCGCAGUUUAGUAUCAGCGAUGGAAAUUACUAUGGUGAAGGUUCGGUGAAUAAUUACUAUUACCAAGGAUCAGGGGCCAUGCUUCACCAACCUCUCCAAUAUCACUUGUACAAUACUCCUCUACCCCACGUUUCCAAUCUAUCUCCUCAUCAAAAGACGAUCCACGGAUUCUUCAUCUCCGACAUACUUCGCGAGGAGCUGCAUCGCAAGAAUGAGAUGAUCUUACAAACAGUUAGUUCCCAGGAGUACGGUCUGCCCGAGGAACUGCAUGAAUACCACUCGCUCUACCCGCUGGAUCUGACACAAGAGAAGUCGACAGAGGUCUUUGGUUAUCAAUCCAGCGUCUAUAAAUGCAUGUGCAGCGCAGAUGGCCGGACGUAUGCCCUGCGCCGAAUCGAAGGGUUCAGGCUGACGAAUGAACUGGCGAUGCAGACUAUUGAUGGAUGGCGCAGGAUACGACACGCCAAUAUUGUCUCGAUUCGAGAGGCGUUCACAAGCAAGGCAUUUGGGGACCACUCUCUCAUUUUUGUAUACGACUACCACCCCUGCUCUAAGACUCUUUACGACGUCCACUUUGGUCCUCAGGCUCAACUGGCCUCCCAGGUAGUCUUGGGCGCCUCCAAGAACACUGAACACAACAUCCACGAGAGAAUUCUUUGGUCGUAUCUGAUUCAGCUCACGUCUGCGCUUAAAAAGAUUCAUUCGGCUGGACUGGCUGCUCGUCUUAUUGAUCCUACCAAAAUCCUUGUUACCGGCAAGAAUAGAAUUCGCCUUAACUGCUGUGGUAUUAUGGACAUGCUGACGUUUGACUCGGCGCCUAAUAUUGCGCAUCUGCAACAAGACGAUAUCUUGAAUCUUGGACAACUCAUGAUGACUCUUGCUUGCAAGUCCUUGACGGCAACGCAUAACAUUCAAAAGUCGAUCGACUACAUCUCGCAGAAUUACACGCAGGAUAUGAAGAACGUGAUUCUAUUCUUGAUGAGCCAACCCACACCCAUGAAGACUAUCGACCAAGUCAUCACCAUGCUCGGAUCAAGGGUCCUGCAGGAGAUCAACGACGUGCAGAACGCCAAUGACGUGCUCGAGAGCGACCUGAGUCGUGAACUUGAGAAUGGCCGACUGACAAGGCUCUUGAUGAAAUUUGGUUUCAUCAAUGAAAGACCUGAGUUCGACAUGGAUCCUGCUUGGUCAGAGACCGGAGACCGUUAUAUCAUUAAGUUGUUCAGAGACUAUGUCUUUCACCAAGUCGACGAAGCAGGAUUGCCAGUUCUGGACGUUGCCCAUGUGCUCGCCUGCCUAAACAAACUUGACGCCGGAGUUGACGAAAAGAUCGUCUUAAUGUCAAGAGACGAGCUCUCGUGCUUAAUUGUCAGCUACCGCGAGAUCAAGGCCUGUAUCGAAUCCGCCUUCCGUGACCUUUCUAAAUCAAAGUAACACCACCGGCAUAAGAUCAUGGCAUCUCGUGACACCCCCCUCCAGCCCACCUUUCCUCCAGCCUUUUGUCCUCCCGUAUCAUCUCCCUCCUGCCGCUGUCAUUUGUUCCUGUUCUCAACCUCAUCAGCGGGAAGACGAGCAGGGCAUAGAAUGAAAGAAAAAGAGAAAAAAGCCCAAA